AGGAGGAAACUGCUUACCUGGUUCCUCUGGAGAAAAUGUUGUCAUGGCAAUGAGCAUCACAUAGUACCUGUGCUAUGGGUGGGGUUGCUUGUUGUUGUGACAGCUAUGUAGUCAAACAAUGGUUGUUAUAAACUCACUUACCUUCAUAAUCUUUUGUAAAUAUACUAAACAUGAACACAAAUCGCUGGACAAGGCUUUUGGGAUGGCAAAGCAAGAUCAAGAAAGCUGAUGAGGAAGAGAAUACGGCAAAAGAAUCAAAUAAGACAAAGAAAGAGGAGACUCCAAAAAUAAACUGGAAGGAAUGGAUAAUCGAUCCAUCUGAAGAGUUUUACUAUACAUGGUUGCAAAUUAUGAUACUCCCUAUCUGCUACAACUGGGUCAUCAUAAUAUGCAGGACAUGUUUCUAUACAAUCGAAGAGACAUAUUUGGCAACAUGGCUAACCUUGGAUUAUAUCUGUGACUUGGUCUUUGUGCUUGACAUGAUUGUUGGGUUUCGCACAGGUUUUCUGGAGCAGGGCAUCCUGGUGCGAGACCUGUCCCGUUUGAAAACGCGUUACCUACGCUCCUCUCGAUUCAAAUGCGACAUUAUCUCUCUGUUGCCCACUGAUCUGCUCUAUCUGAAACUGGGGAUCCACACACCUCUAGUCAGGGUCAACCGCUUCCUGCGCACGGGCCGUUUGAACGAGGCAUUGGACCGCAUGGAAACGCGCACAGCCUAUCCGAACACCUUCCGCGUCGCCAAACUCAUGUUGUAUAUCUUCGUGCUCAUCCACUGGAACGCCUGCAUCUACUUCUCCCUGUCUAAUUACAUAGGCUUUGGUGCGGAUCCCUGGGUCUAUCCCAACAUCUCCGACCCGGAGUUUGCUUCCACGAGACGCCAGUACUUCUACUGCUUCUGGUUUUCCACUCUCAUCCUCACCACAGUGGGGGACACUCCGAGGCCCGAGCGCGAAGAAGAGUUUCUGUUUCUGGUCGCUGACAUGUUGAUCGCAGUGCUGGUGUUUGCAUCCGUCGUGGGGAGCAUGGGGGACGUGAUAUCAAGCUUGCGUGAUCGUGACAACGUGUUUUUCCCCAAUCACGAGCUGGUGAAGGGUUACCUGCGCAGCCGACGCAUCAGCAAAGAACUGCAGCAACGCGUCAACGACUGGUACCAGCAUCUGCACAUCAACAAAAAGAUCACACGGGAAAAUGAGAUUCUUCGACAUCUUCCUAUCACACUUCAGACAGCAACUGCAGUGAGCGUGCAUCUCCCCACUCUGUCUAAAGUCACCAUCUUUCAGAACUGUGAGAAAAGUCUGUUGGAGCAGCUGGUACUUAAACUCACCCCACAGGUGUAUAGCCCAGGAGAGUAUGUAUGCAAGAAGGGUGAUGUAGGUCAUGAGAUGUACAUCAUUAAAGAGGGGAAGCUGGCAGUGGUGGCUGAUGAUGGAGUAACUCAGUUUGCUGUUCUGGGGGAUGGAAACUUCUUUGGAGAAAUCAGUAUCCUGAAUAUCAAGGGUAACAAAUCAGGAAACAGACGAACAGCCAACAUUCGCAGCAUUGGUUACUCAGAUCUGUUCAGCUUGUCGAAAGAGGACCUGACUGAAACACUUCAUGAGUACCCUGCUGCCAAGGGCCUGUUGGAGGAGAAGGGUCGUCAAAUCCUGACAAAGAUGGGGAUGCUGGAAGAGACAGAUGAAGGGGAGGGAGAGGUAGAGAAAACAGAGGACAUGGUGAACCGUUUAGAAGCCAACCUCGAGACGCUGCAGACCAAACUGGCUCGGCUGAUAGCUGAACUAGAGUCCAGUGCCCGCAAAAUGAUGCAAAGAGUGGAACAACUGGAACUGCAGACAGAAGAAUGGGAAGGCAUUGUGGCUGAGGGUGCACAGGGAGAAAAAGAAGAGCAGGAAAAAGUAAAAGAGAGGGAGAUUGGCGAUGGGAAAGGAGAAGGUGAGAAGGAAGAUGUAGAGGAGCCAGUGGUUGAAGGAGAGAGAGGAGAGGGUGAUGGAGGAGAGGAAAGCCUGGGAGAAAAGAAGAAUAUUGGAGGAAAUGAGAUAAGUGAAAAUGAGAAAGAAGAGACAGAGGAAGAGCUUAUAAAAACAGAAACGCAUCAGGAUCAGAAAGGAGAUGAAAAGUAGGUUGAAAAUGUAUGUAAAAUAUACAUUACCAUUCAAAAGUGUGGGGUCAGUAAGAAUAAAAAAAACAUUUAUUCAGCAAGGAUGCAAGUGAUAACAAAGACACUUAUAAUGUUAUGGGAUUUCUACUUCAAAUAAAUGCUGUUCUUUUAAACUCCAUCAAAGAAUCCUUGGUUUCCUAUGGUUUUUAACAAAAAAAUAUUAAGCAGCACAACUUUUUUAACAUUGAUAAUGAUGAGAAAUGUUUCUUGAUCAGCAAAUCGUCUUAUUAAAUCGAUUUCUUAUUAAGUAACACUGAAGAUUGGAGAAAUGAUGCUGAAAAUUCAGCUUUGUCAUCACAGGAAUAAAUUACAUUAUUUUAGGGACGCAGAUGGUUUUGAUAGUCAGUUUCGGACGCUGCUUUUGUCUUGAAUAAAAUAAAUGUAUUGUCCAUACCUUCAGAAUAAUGAUUCUGAUUCAAAACAAACGGUGUCUUGCGCAAUUCAACGCUCAACACAGCACGGUCAAAAAGUU